UCGAGCUUGCAGCCGCCUUUAACACGUCCCGCUGCCACGCGUGACUUCUCGUCGUAGGCUGCAGGCUCCGGACCGCGGUGCCUGCGGGACGGCUGGGCAGCCGGCACUGAAAAAGCCGUACAGGCGUUCAUUCCCGGGCUCGGAAAAGGGUCCUGCUUAGCCUCCGUCUUCCACGGAGGAUGCGGAAGGCACGGCCAUGGAAAAGAAACCGCAUUUCGUUAGGAGGGAGUUACUUCCCAGAGAGGUGCCAUCCAUCUCACUGGCGUUACUGCUUGCAGCCGUCCUGCUCCUUAAUGCCCUUCUCUACCUGUACCUCAGUAAGUUUUCCAGCUCUCUGGGACGUGUCGAAACGGACUCUGGCCUCUGCCCUUUUGGGCAUUUCAAAUUCGGAGCGGUGAAGAAUUGUUCCCCGUGGCUUUCCUGUGAGGCCCUAAAUAGGGAAGUCAGGAAACUCAAGUGUGUUGGUGAAGGUGCUGUGAAAAAGGUCUUCCUUUCUGAGUGGAAGGAAAAGAAAGUGGUCCUUUCACAGCUCACCAACUCAGAGCUGAAGGAGGACUUUCUCCAUGGACUGAAGAUGCUGAAAGCCCUUCAGAGCAAGCACGUUGUCCGGCUGCUUGGCUACUGUGAGCAGCAGUUCACAAUCCUCACCGAGUACCAUCCUCUUGGUUCACUGAGAAGCCUGAAUGAAACUCUCCACAUUCCCAAGUACAAGGGCAUGAACACCUGGCAUCGCAGGCUGAUGCUUGCUAUAGACUACGUGAGUAUCAUUCGGUACCUGCACAGCAGCCCCCUGGGCACCUUAGUGAUGUGCGACUCAAAUGACCUGGACAAGGUUCUCUCCCAGUAUCUCCUGACAAGUGACUUUCACGUUCUGGUGAAUGAUUUGGACGCUUUGCCUCUUGUGAACAGGAGUGCUGGCAGGCUGGUGAAGUGUGGUCACAGGGAACUCCAGGGUGAGUUUGUAGCUCCUGAGCAGCGUUGGCCCUAUGGAGAAGAUGUGCCAUUUGAAGAUGACCUCAUGCCUCCCUAUGAUGAGAAAACAGACAUCUGGAAAAUCCCAGAUGUCUCCAAUUUUUUCUUGGGCCACGUUGAAGGAAGUGACAUUGUACGACUGCACCUGUUUGACAUUCAUGCAGCAUGUAAGAAGAAGGACCCGGCAGAACGGCCCUCUGCCCAAGAGGUCUUAGACACCUAUAGGAAAGUUUUAACUCUGCUUAUUCGGGAAGCAGCCAUGCCUGGUACUAGAGAAAUGUUAUAGUGAAUCAUGAGGCAAACAACAUACUGAUGUUUUAAGUUGAUGUCCUUCCUAUUUAUGUAGCUUGCCUGAUGGGCAAAAUCUCUGUCCCCAAAACUGAGAAGAAAAGAACAGCUGAACUUGUACCUCUUGAUUAAAAGAAAAAAAUCCCCCCAGUCCAAGAGCUGUGCAAGCUUUCCAUUGGCAUGUUUAAUUUACCAUUGGAAGAGGAGGAGGGAGAGAAAGGAAGUUGUGUGGGUGCAGGGAAAAUUUGUUCCUUAAGAAAUGAUAAAUUUUAUUUUGCAACAUUUACACAAAAAAUAUCUUAAAAAAUACAGAAAAACAGACAAAAAAUAUUGGUCUACCUUAACUUGUUGGUGGAGACUGGAGAGCAGGUGGCAUGCCCCCCACAAGCUUUGUGCUGAUUGCUUUGUGGCUUUGGCCUAUGUUGUGUCCACAAAGCCCUCAUCUACUUUCGAUGUAGUAAAAACAGCAGUCACUCAGAGUGGAGGACCCCAUUUCACUUCAGAUUUUGGUGAGCCCCAGUGCCAGAGCUGCAGUGGCAGUCUUUCCCUGCUGGCUGGAGCAUAGGUUGUUUUUGGAGCCAUAUGCCCUGUAUCCCACACCAGCAAGUGUGUGGCCACUUUUGGAAGCAAGAUGAUGUUGCAGAUUCUGAAGAGUCUGCUUAUAGACACAGAUUCUUGGUUUUCAAGCCUUUGUCCUGUGGUAUUCUCAGAUGGGCUCUUUAGAGAUGAAGCUGUCGAAUGCAAGUCUCUUGCUCGUCUAUAAUCCACAGAAAUGCUGAACACUUUGGAAGAGAGCUGAAGUAUGUCUCUUUUUUCAUUCACUUAUGCUGGCUUAGUGUCAUCAUGAUUUGAUGGAAAGGAGGAUAACAAGGAACUGAAAGAGAAUGUGACUUCCACAGCAAUGAGCAUUAAACACAAGCUUUGGAAAAGAAAAUUCCUGUAUUCAGAGCAUACAACUCUAUUCAAAGUCCACUAAGGAUAGAGGAAGGCUGCUAAAAAGUAGCCUUGUUUGGUGUGUUAGGAAAAAGGUUGAGGUAACCUGCAUGGAUGUAACAGCCUAGUACUAACAGCUGGAGAGGAAGAACAAUGAUGCCUUAAUCCAGCAAUAGGCUGUGUUUGGUGGGACUGGGAUCCAGGAUGUAGUUCUCUUGGUGAAUAAAAAGGAAUAAUAUGAAUGAGAAACAUGGAGUCUACCAUUGUUCACCUGAAGACUUUCUGUGCUGUGGACUAAAUCUUUGAAAGGCCUAAGAGACAACUUCCAUGUUGUGACCUGAGAGGUGAUUUCUAAGCAGAGAAGUACAUUGUCGUUUUUGCUCCUUUUUGAAGUUUCUGUGCUGCUCUUCACAUAAACCAGCCAUGUUCUGACUGCACUGAGAUCAUGCAGUCAUUUCAUAUGUAUAAUGUUCAAAUCCUGGUAUCAGAAUUUUAUUAUAAAUGGGAAAAAAUUCCUGCAAAUUAGUAAAUUCAUUCAUGAUAUUAUACAAUGCCACCAGGAGUCCUUUAAAAGCUGCCAAUUAUGCCUUUCCUUUCCCCCUGAGCAGUCUGUUUUCUUAAAUUAGACUUUUGCCAUUUUUCACUUUUCCAUUCCUUCCUUGCAGCUUUCCUACUCAGGCUGUCAGGAGACAAAGCUCAGAAAUCAAGUUCUCCAAAAGAAAGCAAUGAUUGUGGAUGCUUCGGGUUUGUUCUGGACUUUGACUCAAAAUGCCUAAAAGAAGCAUGGGGAAAAGAAAUGCUCUUUGUAAAUGUAUCAUUCAGCCUGUGAACUCUUGACUUGUUGUUAUUAUUAGGGUGAGAGUUCUACAGUUCCAGUAUGAAUACAGGAUGUGCAGCAGUUGGAAAAGUGUGUUGUUACAGCUCCUUGAAGCCAGGGAUAAGGCUUUAAAGGGCCAAAAGUCAAAUCUUCUGCAUGUUUCCCCCAUAAUAACUUGUUAUCUUUUGUUAGCCAUCAUGUACACUUGAAAGGGAAAUCAUCAUCUGAUGGCUGUAAAUAACUAUUCCAUGAAGGGUUUUUAAGAGUGUAGCAAGGACUGACAAACAUCUCGUGCUGGUUUCUCUUGGUUAAGACAAGCUUCUGCUGGGAUUCUUGCCCUGUUGUAUACUCUUGCACCUUGCAAACAGCCACAUUAAUUUCACAGAGUGAAAAAAAAAUGUGAAAAAAUUCUGGUUUGGAAUAAUUAUCUUGCCAUGGAGAUGAUUCCCUGCUCCUGGAUGAAAUAGUUACAAUUUUUUUUUAAGAAAAGGUGUCUCCCUAAACAUUCACUCUGAGCAGUGACUUCUCUAUGUUUCCUUGCCAUUCCCUCUCCUUCAGCUUGUGUGUUGUCCAGCGUUGUAUUUCAGCAGGAAUAAAUCAGAUUUAGCUGUAGCUAAAUAAUGUAGCUACAUUAUGGAGCUACAGUUUCUUUUUUGGGAUUUUUUUUCUGUCUGUGAGGAAACACUAGAUGGCAGCAUGAAGGUCAGUUUAGAGUUUGUUAUUAGCAGCUGCCUCUGAAGCCCAGACAUAGGCAGAAUCUGGCCUUGAAGCCAGUAUUUUCUUAGCAAACUUCCCUAAACCUCUUAAAGAUCUCAUUGUGUUUGCUUUAGUGAGUCUGAAGGAACAAGACAGAUAGAUAUAGGGUCUGACCUAUUAACCACACAUGCCACACAUGCCACUUCCCCUUUAACUUGCUCAUGGUCUUUGUGUACUUUACUGUCCGUUUCUAUCUCAACCUGGUGAGACCAAAACCAAGUUUGCAUGGCACCUCCUUCCAGUCUUUCUGUAAAAUCAGAUAUUUGUGCCCUAUGCAUCUGUCUAUUCUUCCCUGCUAGCUCCUUCUGUAAUCUCAAGAUUGCAUGAAUCCAGUCCUUCCCACAUUUCCAGCUUCUUUUCCCUUAAAGGGAAAAGGCAAGGCAUCACCGAGAGGGGAAAAAGAGGCAGGACAGCCCUACAUGCAGCAGUCUCCCCUCUUUCCAAUUCUCUUUUCUGGGCAUUUCAGUCUUUACCACCAAUCACAGCCUUUGAUAAAUGUUCAGGGACUUUGCUGCCUCAGUACAAGCAGCUCUUGUCUGUCUAGUGGAAAACUUCAAAAGAUGAAGGGCAGGAAGAGGCCGGUUCACAGCUGGGAGUCUGCAAGUCCCCAGCCAGAUCUAAACCAGUGGCCGUGACCUCCCCUGCUAAGACCACUGCCACAGUUCUGCCUAACCUCAACAACAGCUGCUGGUUCUUAUCUCAAGCUCAGAUCAAGUGCCCCACAUUCCCUGUCCUUUCCCACAAAAGAUGCUUCUCUGGGGAUGGUCAUUGCCAUGUUUCUUAUUGUAUUACUGUUCUUCCAUCCUGAAAGUCCAGUCAAAGAAACUGCACAAAAAUGCAGGUCACACAAAGAGAAGGACAGCAACUGAUGCUUAUCUCCUUCAGAAAACUUCAGAGGAGGUUCCCCAAACCACCCUAGGCAGUCAGUGCCAAGGCAGAUAUGAUCCCAGUCAUUCCAGGGCUUUUGUUUGCUGUCAUUAUUAAGAUGAAGGCCCUGGGUCUGGUCCCUUUCCAAGGGUCAGGGCAACUCUUUGAGGUUAGUGUAACCACCUUACCCUUCUCUUCUGGGCAAUGCCUCCUCUGCCAUCCCUGCAACAGUCCCACAGCAUAUUUCACCCACCCCCACCCACCCAGCUGCUAGACAAAGAAUCAAAGCAGAAGCUGUCUCCUAGACUCAAGAAAUAGCACCUGGCUUCCAGACUGAACUCUGUUGGGAGUUAGCACUGCUGUGCUAGCAGUGGAGACCAGGACACUUAGAGCAUGCUAGCUGAGCCUGCUGACAAUCUGGCUGUGGGUAUCAGCUGUGUCAGGGCCCACUGCUGGUAUGGUGCACUCUAUCCUUCGCCCAAUGCCGUUGCCAAAACAAAUUCCCAGUGGAUUUCCCACUAAAGUUUAGCUUUUACCAGGCAGGUUUGUACCACAGGUUAUAGAAUGGAAACACCUCUGAGGUCUCUUUCUCAGAGCAGAGUCCCAGAUUCAGUUCAAAUCCACUGCUCCUUUCAUUUUCUCCUCAGAGCCAUCCAGAGAAUAGCCCUGUCAAGGUUAUGCUGUUUUCCUUUCCAAACUGCUUGCUGGCUGCAUACUUCUGGGGGGUCAAGUCUGAUGGAGCAUUUCCCAUUCUGUGCUAUGGAUUUCAGAAUACAUCCUGAAAGCAGUCCUAUAACACUAAAUCCUGUAGGGGUGAGCAGCCUAUAUGUAGGCAACUCAUCUGUGUGUUUGACACUAUCAGAUGUAAAAAGUAGUGCAUGAAUAUCUGUGGCAGCUGUUGUGUAGGUCUGUUUAAAUACGGAGGAAAUAAAAUGGAUACAAUGUAUUUAACUGAACAUUUGUUUCUUUUUUUUUUUUUCUUUUUGGGGGAUCCGUUGAAAAAUCUGUGUUACUCUGUAUUUAAUAGAGUGGUAACUUUUAAGUGUAUCAGAUGUUGAGAACACUGCACAAAGUUUUUGAAAUUCUGUCACAAGCUCUAAAAUAAUAUUUUCCUUUCCACAUAAACAAAACAUCAGAUCAUUAUCUUUGUGAAACAGAGGCAAUGUUGUUUGCCAAAUAUAAUUUGUGAGCUAUUUGGCAGAAUAUGCAACUGUAAACCGAUUCUAUCAUUAUGACUGUAACGUCUAACCAACAG